AUGUCGUCCAUCUCAAUCACAACUCUCCCCCGCAUGGGCCGCGAUGUUCUAGCGGCCCUACUCUCAACCGGCGAACCGAGCAACCUAGCAAUUGUUGACGUCCGAGACUCAGACCAUAUUGGAGGCCAUAUCCACUCAUCAACUUGGGUCCCUAGCUCAACGCUGGACGUGCGCAUGCCUGAGCUCAUCCGCACUCUCAAAGACAAGAAGAUGGUUGUAUUCCAUUGUGCACUCAGUCAGCAACGUGGUCCCUCUGCUGCUCUUCGCUAUGCGCGUGAGCGUGAGAGCACGCUUAGUGCGGAGGAGAAUCAGAAGCAGCAAGUAUUUGUGCUCGAGGGCGGGUUUGUGGAAUGGCAGCAGAAGUAUGGCAAUGAUGCUAAGCUGACUGAGGCUUUUGCUGCGGACGUCUGGGAUGACUAUUAA